AUGGAGUUAUCUAAACUCCCUGGAGGCACAAAAGAAUGUAGCAGCAGUGAGUCCGGAUGGACAAUGUAUAUUGCUUCACCUAUUCAUCAAUAUCACCAUGAAGACGAGGACGAUGAUGAUGAUGAUGAAAGAACUUCGAGGAAGAGAGACAAGAAUCUUUACGAUGAUGAUGAUGAUGGUGAAGAUGUCGGGAGUGAUGACUCCUUAGUUUCGGAUGCCUCGUCUGGUCCAGGUCAUCAAGAAGUAUGCACAACCAUUGAUAAAAGUCAUGGAAAGCUUCGAUUAAAGCAUGCCGAGAAAGAAACAAAGAAGUUCCCAAGCAAGGAAUACAACAGAGAAGUGAAGAAGAAACUGUUUGAUAUGAAUAUAAAAGCAGCAAAAGAAGAUUCAGGACAUAAAUCAAAGAUCAGAAUAGAUUAUGCAUCGAGCAGAUCAACAUCUAGGAGAAAAUAUGUGAAUUGA